AUGGUCGACAUAGACAUCAAGGCUGGGGCAAAGAGAGUUUUCCGUAAAUGGACUACUAAAGAAGGUUUGUUAGGUGACUAUGAUUAUGGCUAUUUAUUCAUUCCACAGCUUCCAUUCACUAAGAAGGAAGUUAAGACCCAACCUUUCUUCGGAUUGAAUUCAGAAAUGCCUUUGGUUCUUGGAUUCAUCUUGGGUUUUCAGCAUGCAUUGGCGAUGUUGGCAGGUGUUAUUACUCCUCCAAUUAUUAUAGCAGCAUCCGGUAAUUUAGAUGAACAAGUGGAAAACUACUUGGUCAGUACCUCAUUAAUUGUAUCAGCUAUUUUGUCAUGUGUUCAAAUUACUAGAUUUCACAUUUACAAAACACCUUAUUAUAUUGGAACAGGUUUAUUGUCGGUUGUGGGUACAUCUUUUGCUACGAUUACCAUUGUGACUAAGGCAUUUCCAAUGAUGUAUAAAACUGGAAUUUGUAAAAUGGAUGGAAAGACUUCGUUGCCUUGUCCUGAUGGAUAUGGUUACAUUUUAGGAACUGCUAUAGUCUGUUCUUUAAUUGAAAUAGCGCUUUCAUUCUUGCCUCCAAAGGUUUUACAGAGAGCUUUUCCGCCUAUAGUGACGGGCCCUGUCGUUUUAUUGAUCGGUGUUAGUUUGAUCCAAAGUGGAUUCGAAGACUGGGCCGGUGGUUCUGGAUGUAUAGGAGAACUUUGUGGUGACGCUCAUCAACUUCCAUGGGGUUCAGCCUCAUUUGUGGGAUUAGGUUUUCUUGUAUAUGUCAGCAUUAUAAUUGCUGAGAAGUGGGGCCCUCCAAUCUUAAAGUCAUGUGCGGUUAUUUUUGGUCUUUUAAUUGGAUGUAUAGUUGCAUCUGCUUGUGGUUACUUUAGUCCUGAUCAAGUGAAUGCCGCAAAGCCUGCCUCAUUUAUCUGGGUCCAUACUUUUAAGCUUAGAGUUUACGGUCCCUCGGUUCUUCCUUUUUUGGCGUCUUUUAUUGUUUUGAUGAUGGAAGCAAUUGGUGAUAUUACGGCAACUUCUGAUGUUUCGAGGUUAGAAGUCGAAGGAAAAUUAUACGAGUCUAGAAUCCAAGGAGGUAUAUUAGCUGAUGGUUUGAACGGUUUAGUCUCGGGAUUGAUGACUAUUACUCCAAUGUCUACCUUCGCUCAAAAUAAUGGUGUCAUUUCAAUCACAAAGUGUGCCAAUAGAAGAGUAGGCUAUUGGUGUGCAUUUGUUUUACUUAUUAUGGGCAUUUUCUCUAAGUUUGCCGCAGCCAUUCAAUCCAUUCCUAGUUGUGUGUUAGGAGGUAUGACCUCCUUUUUGUUCACUUCAGUAGCAGUCUCUGGUAUCAAGAUUAUAUCUAUCACUGAGUUAACAAGAAGAGAUAGGUUCUUAUUGACUGCCUCAUUGUUGCCAGGUUUUGGUGCUGUUUUAGUCCCAACCUGGUUCGAUUAUGUUUUUACAUAUACAGGUGACAACCAUGCUUUACAAGGGUUUUUUGAUGCUAUUGUUUUGGUCAUGGAAACAGGAUUCGCAGUCACAGGCUUCCUCGGUGUUAUUUUGAAUUUCCUUUUACCGGUCGCGAGUGACGAUAUUGAAGAGAUUAAUGAGGUUGUUUUGGAAACUGUAGGUUCAGCUGAUCAGAACGCUAGAGAAAACUAUGCCAUCAAAGAAGGUGAAAAAUUGGAAGCUUUGAGAUCUAACGCAACAUCGAUCAAUAACAGUUCUCGCGAUAAAUAA